GACGUGCAGUGCCCGUCACUACUCCGCACCCUACCUUAUCCAAACUCCAAAGCAUCACCAUCACAUCUGAGAGGCCGCUUGUCAGCGCAUCUGCUCCAAACAACAAACACACCGCAUCUCUGGGAAGCCACACCUGUCCCGCAACUCCAUUCACCUUGAUCCGCUGAAUUGCCCGUCGCUGCCGAUUCUCGUUGCAGCACGCGCAUUCCGGUCGCAAGCGGAAAGCUUUGAGCCCGACCAAACCCCAAGCCUCUCCUUCCGUACCAUGCAACGGUUCCUCACCUCGACCUCAACACAGACUCAUUGCCAGGAGCAUUUCGCCACCUUCACUCCCUCGCCAGGUACACCCGACUAAAAUAGAGAUAUCCUCUUUGGGACAUGUUAUUAGCCAUCGCGCAACAUGGCCGAAGAAAAGAUGCAGUUAGAGGAUUGGUUGGACGAUCUAUGUGUUCGAUUUAUCAUCAACCUACCUGAAGAAGACCUGUCGUCCGUUGCUCGCAUCUGUUUCCAAAUAGAGGAGGCACAAUGGUUCUACGAAGACUUCGUUCGGCCACUUGACCCCACGCUUCCUUCAAUGACACUUCGAAGUUUCAGUCUUCGGAUUUUCCAACAUUGUCCCCUACUAGCUCCGUUUUCGGUCGAGAAUCAUACAAAGGCUUUUGAGGAGUUCUUGCAGUACAAGACUCGAGUCCCUGUGAGGGGAGCCAUCAUGCUCAACGAGGCUAUGGACUCGACAAUCUUGGUCAAAGGCUGGAAGAAGGGCGCCAAUUGGAGUUUUCCUCGCGGAAAGAUCAACAAAGACGAAGAUGACCUUGAAUGCGCCGUUCGUGAGGUAUACGAGGAGACAGGAUACGAUUUGCAUGCUGCUGGCCUGGUCCCCAAGAACAGAGAAGACGUCAAAUACAUCGAGGUCACCAUGAGAGAGCAGCAGUUGAGGCUCUACGUCUUCCGCGACGUGCCGAUGGACACCCACUUCGAGCCACGGACGAGGAAGGAGAUCAGCAAGAUUCAGUGGUACAAACUGUCCGAGUUACCCGCUUUUCGAAAGAAAGGAAACCAACCUCAAAACGAAGCCGCCGCCGCCGCCAAUGCGAACAAGUUUUACAUGGUUGCACCCUUUCUGGUCCCCUUGAAGAAAUGGGUCGUGCAGCAGAAGAGAAAAGAUGCUGUCAAGGCUGCCAACGAGGCGCACUUCAACCCGUACUCUCUUCACGAGGAGCCUGUCACUGAAGACGAAGUUUGGCAAACCGAACCCGCGACUGAUGCUUCGACUCGGACGCCAGGGCUCGAUACUCUGGAGGGUGCAACACAGGAAUUGCAGCGUCUAUUGAAGGUCCAUCCGACGGCAGCGCAAGCAACAUCGAAGCCAGCUUCUCCGGAUAUUGGAGCAGACAAAGGCGCAUCGCUACUCGCUAUCCUGCAGGCCAAGAACCAAGCUGUCGCCCAGGGAAUCCCAGUCUCGCAGCUGCCCCAUACUCCCCUCGAUCAUACCAUUAGGCAGGCUCCACAGCCCCAAAGCCCUCAUGGCCAGCAUCACCCUCAGCAACGGGCACCGAUGGCGAGUUAUCAAGCUCCGCCGGCAUUCCCCAUCGGUCCAGAUGGAACACCACAGGCUUGGGCUUUCCAACAGUCUGGAAAUGCUGGCUCAGCCCAUCCUCAAGCCAGGCAAUACGGCCCUUCGAUGAUGGGUGGCCCUGCUCAACUGCCACAGCCGCCCCUGCGGCACCCUCAACCAUUGCCGCCUCAAGCUCAAAAGAUUCUGCUGAACCGGAAUGCGUUCGCCGACGGUACACCCCCGCCGCCCCCUCAACACGCACAGGGGACUGUCAACCAACCCAUGGCGAAUGCUCAAUACCAACCAGCACAGUCCCAGCAGCAAAGCCAGGGCAUGAUGUAUCAACCCAAGCCGCCUAGCAGUCACCUCUCUAAUCACUCUAUGGCGCUCUUGGGAGUGCUCAAGUCGGAUACAAGAACAGCUAGUCCAGAUAAGGCUCGUCAAGCAAACCAGCAGCCCUACGGAUCCGCAUCUCAGGGGCAGGGACAGCCGCCAAUUGGACUUCAUGGAAACGGAGCUCCUCAGUAUCCUCAGUCGCCUAGCAUGUCGGGGGCAGGCGUAGCACACCCCCAGGGAAGUCCAUCCAUGAGGGCUCAGCAGCCUGUCGAUCCUGCUCAUCGGUCUGCCCUCCUUUCCAUGUUCAAGAACCCUGAAGUCAGCUCCCCACCUGCCAACCAACCCGUCGAAUUACCCGGAACUACAGCUAGCGCUGCUCUUUUGAAGGGAAUAUCUACUGUAAAGGCUAGCAAUCAGGAGGUUCCCAGUCCCGUGUUCCGUGGAGUUCAGCCAGCUUCAAGCAGUCCUCUGAGCAGACCACCCCAGAGCGCUUCGGAUCCGACCACCCAAGUACCCUUUCAAGGUCUAUCGCUCCAAUCUCAGCUCGGCAGACAAGAGCACAGAAGCCCUCAGACCAUUGGAGGUUACAGCCCGAGAACGAUGGAGAACAGAGGUCUCUAUAAUCAAGGCGCGAAUAACAAUUCCGCCAUAUACAAUAAUCCCUCGCCCCAAAUGCACCCGAAUCAGAUCCUUCAGCGAGCCGAAAACAUGAGCAAGCCCGUUGGCCCUCGUGCGCCUGCUUUAGCCUCGGUUUUCGGGGUCGAUAAGCCGGCCAGUUUGGCCAGCCCACCGUCAGCAUCCGCUCUUCCCGCACCUGCUGGGCUGCAGCAGAAAUCACAAAUGCCGCCCGAACAGAGGCAGAAGCUUCUAUCGCUUUUUGGAAAGCCUCAGUCGCCGAGCCCCGGGCCUGGCUUUGCUCCCGAGGAUAAGGGAAAGGCCAGGGAGAUGAUGGCUCCGGACGGGAGCAUGCGAUCGCGUGUGGCUUCUCUGGCCUCUGCAAGCGGCCAGGGCGUCCCGGAGGGCCUGUCAGAGUCCCGUCGCGGCAGUCAGACACCGAUUUCUCCUGCCGACCGAAGUUUCCUGCUUGGCUAUUUGGCAUCAGUUGCCAAUAACGCUAAGUAGGCUUCAAUGCCUCGAUCGAACGGUAUGAAGGUGACUGAGUGAAGGGGAAUGCAGGAGUUAACCGCGCGAUUUUCCUGGGGUACACGCUUGAUUUGUGUUUCGUAAUUCUUUUGCUUUCGGUGUUGCAUUGCGACGGGUUGAUGGGAUUCCAAACAUUUUUUUAAAGGUGGCAAAGCAUUCCUCGGGGGAGAAGGGCCAAGGUGCAGGAUGGGAUAUCGAGGCAGGAAAACUAUACCCUGGGACACACCUCGUUUACCAGUUUCGCAACAGUCAUUGGGUCCAAUGCUUCAGAUAUUAAAUAAGCCACUCUGUCUUUGAUUCACACGGUAAUGCUCGAGGUGAAGGAGAAGCACUGAAUACCACCAGCCAGC